AUGCCUCGCCUGCAACAGGGGAGCGCGCAAGCAGGGACUGUCGUGUGGCAUGGAUCUGAGGGAGGGCUGGCGCACCGGGCGGCGCCGACGUUAGGCAGGGGAGAGGACGUGAGGCGCAGGAUUGAGAAGGUUGGUUUGCUGUUGUAUACGCAUAUUGAAUUUUCAGUUUUGCUAAGAUUCUCUGAAGGGGAGUCUGAAUCUGACAGUGAAGCAUCAGAUGUUAGUGGCUCUGAUGGAGAAGACACCUCAUGGAUUUCAUGGUAUUGCAACCUAAGAGGGAAUGAGUUCUUCUGUGAAGUCGAUGAUGAUUACAUUCAAGAUGACUUCAAUCUUUGUGGGCUUAGCAGUCAAGUUCCAUAUUAUGAUUAUGCUCUUGAUCUCAUUUUAGAUAUCGAGUCUUCUCAUGGUGAUAUUUUCACAGAAGAACAAAAUGAGCUAGUGGAAUCAGCUGCUGAGAUGUUGUAUGGGCUAAUUCAUGCGCGAUACAUUCUGACCAGUAAAGGGUUGGCUGCUAUGCUGGAGAAAUACAAGAACUAUGACUUUGGACGAUGUCCACGGGUUUAUUGCUGUGGCCAACCAUGUCUACCAGUUGGACAAUCGGAUAUUCACCGAUCUAAUAUUGAUGGAGCCUACUUUGGGACAACAUUUCCUCACCUGUUUCUGAUGACGUACGAUCACCUCAAGCCCCAGAAGCCCUCGCAGCGCUAUGUUCCUCGCGUAUUUGGCUUCAAGCUCCACAACCACAAGCCAUGA